AUGGACCUUCAGAAUAAAGUCGAGAAACUCUCUAAGGAGAUUACGAAACGACCGUCUGCUGGCGACGCGGGAAAGUUGUCACCAGGCUCGGCGGCGGGAAACGCGCAGGCGAAGGCGGGAAACGCGCAGGAAACGGCGGGUUUGACAGGGAAGGCGCUUUAUCUGAGUCGCCUCAGGAGCGGAGCGCUGUCAUCGUCCCGAGGUUCCGCCGCAACAGGCGCUCCUAGCGGGAAAGGCGCUUCUAGCGGGAAAGGCGCCUCCUUUAGCGUGGCAGGCGCUCAUAGCGGGACAGUCGCGCAUAGCUGGACAGCCGCUCAUAGCGGGACAGGUGCUACUAACGGGACAGGCGCUCAUAGCGCGUCCAUGGGCGGAAGGGGGAUUGGCGGCGGGUCUGGCUGGCGUGCGCGGGGUAAGGCGGAGUCGGAUGGCGCUUUGGCGGGGGAGGGGGAGGAGAGGCGGAAAGAUGGGGCGGAUGAGCGGCGGAGGGAGGGGGCGGAGGUGACGCAGCGAGUAGAGGAGGAGGAGGAGAAUGUACGGCUGAGAUCUUCCCUCGAGGAGCCUGAGAAAGGCAAGGAUCCUAAAGAAAUCUCUCAGGAGUCGUCAAAGGCAGAGGCCUGCAUGGAAGAAGCAAAGGAAGCCCCGAAAGAAGAUUCAGUGAAAGAACUGAAGGAAGAGUUGAAGGGAGAUUGCAAGGAAGAAUUGAAUUCUGAGUCGAUUACAGGUGUUUCUCAGGACAGCGCGAAAGUGGUGGAGGGGGAGAAGGACAGUUAUGAGGAGUACAGAGGGUCAUCUAUUAAGGGGGAUGAGGAGUUUUCGACUGGCGUUGAGUCUGCUAAUGCUGUACAAUCUGUUAAUGGGAAGUCUUCUAAAGGGGCUGAGUUCACUAACGGAGUUGAGUCUACUAACGGGAUUGAGUUCGCUAACGGGGUUGUGUCUACUAACGGGGCUGCUAACGAGGUUGAGAAGACUACUAACGGGGUUGAGUCUUCUAACGGGGAUGAGCCUACCGGGGUGAAUUCAGAGAUGGAGUGUACAGAUGGAAUAGCAGCAGCGAAGCACGAUAGCCUUGGAAAUGGGGAAAAAUCGCACAGCGAGCGUACUGAAGAGCAGCUAGGCGAGCAGCAAGGGGACCGGCAGCACGGGGACCGGCAGCACGGAGAGCAUACGGAAGAACAGCAAGGGGACCGGCAGCACGGGGAGCGUCCGGAAGAGCAGGAAAAGGCACGAAUUGAGGGCAAUUGCGAGGAGAGGCCGGAAGCAGGAGUGGCAACGGGGGGAGAUGAGGUGGAGGGAGGAAACUUGGGAGAGAGUUGGGAAGGAGGUGGCGAGGCAGGGAAACGGAGUUUGGUAAGUAGUGAGGAAGAGGGGGGGGAAGAUAAGGGGGGAGACAAGGGGGGAGAUACGGGGGAGCAGGGGGAAGAGGAGGACAGUACAAGAGCUUGUAGCGAGUCAGCAGUAUCCAUUGAGAUAUCAGCUUGUAAGGAGGACGGGGAGCAGAUGCGUGCAGAAGAAGGUGCGCAUAGCGGAAAGCAGCAAGCGGAGCGGCUAGAACGAGUGGCGUCAUCACUAACUGGAGCAGCUAAUAACGAGGAUAAGUUGCUCCACGGACAGCUGUCAAGUUCCUCCUUGGGUUCAUCCUUUGGAUCUGAACCUCCCAGCCCAUCCUCCUUCAUUUCCAAGCCUCUCUUUAAGAAACUGCCUCCUGCUAUAGCGAGUACAGAAGGGCGGGCUCAGCGAUUGAACGUACACACUGUAGAGGACAGCGAGCCUUCUCCUAAGGGGACUCCGAGGCAGCUUGUAAGGGGUACAGGUGCGGCAGAGGAAGGGGGGGUCAGGGGGGAGGAAGCUAGAGGGCUCAUCCGGGGUGGAUGGUUGGAGCUAGGGAGAAGGCGAGAGGAGGCUGAGAGAGGACUGAGAGAAGCCUUGAGGGCGAGAGAAGAGGCAGAGAGAGGGAAGCAAGGAGCAGAGAGGAAACGGAAGGAAGCAGAAGAGAGAAUGGUUAGGGCUUUACUGGAACGGGAUGAAGCAGAGAGAAGGAGAGAGGAGGCUGAAGGGAGGUUGGGGGAAGUGGAAGGGUUGUGGAGGGAGAGUGAGAGGGGGAGAGAGAUGGAGGGGAGGAGGAGGGAGGAGGUUGAAAGGGAGUUGGAGGAGGAGAGGAGGAGGAGGGAGGAGGCGGAGAAGGGGAGGGAGGAGGCAGAGAGGAGGAGGGAUGAGGGUAAGGGGGAGAGGGAGGAGGCUGUGAGGAGGGCGAGGGAUGUGGAGAAAGAGGGGGAGAGAGUGAGGGAGGAGGUGGAGAGAGAAAGGGGAGAAAUGGAAGGGAGGUUAGUAGCAGCAAGUAAAGCAGUGAGGGAAGCUGAGGCGAAGAGAGACGAAGCUGUAAAGACAAUGGAGGAGGCUUAUAACGGGGAAAAAGCAGCCCUUGGGCUGAGAGACCAGGCGGUAUAUGAGAGGGAGGAGAUGGCGAGGGAAAGGGAUGAGGCCGAAAGGAGGAGGGUGGAGGAGGAAUCGAGGAGGAGGAUUGCAGAGGAAGAGUGUGAGGAGGCAUGGAGGAGGAGAGAGGUUGCUGAGAGUGCGAUAGAAGAGGCGGUAGGAGCAGCAGAGGGAGCAGAGAGAGGGAGGAGGGAAGCGGAGAGGGUGAGAGAGGCUGCAGUAAGAGAGAAGGUUGAAGCUGAGAGGGCAAUGGAAGGGGCUUUAAGGGAGAGGGAUAUGGCGUUGCUGAAGGUUGAGGAAGCUGCCAAGAAGGUUCUGGAUGCCGAGCGGAUGAGGAUUGAGGCUAAGCGAGUGUGGGAAGAUUCGGAUAAGAUUCGGGCAGAAGCGGAAACUGCGCAGGCUGAGGCUGAGAAAGCUCGGGCAGCUGCGGAAAAGUUUAAGGCCGAAUCGGAGCUGGUUCGGGCAGCUGCGGAAAUGGCAAAAGGGGAAGCUGAGGCCAUGAAACGUGAGGUGGAAAUUUUGCGGGCGGAAACGGCAGCGGCUUUGGCUGCCCAGGAAGAGGAACGGGCGAAAAAGAUUGGACUGGAGGGGAAAAUCGAAAAUUUAAUGCUGACCGUGGAAGCGCACAAAAGGGCAGGAGGGGGAAGGUUAAGUGAAGGGGAGGAAGGGGAGAGAGUGAGGGAGGCAAGGAAGAGAAUGGAGGAAGCAGAGAACGUGGCACAUGAUUUGAGGGUGUGGGGCAGGCAACUGCAAGCUGAGUUGCUUAAAGGGGAGGAGGAGAGGAGGGGCCUUGAAGAAAGCUGUAGGAAGGUGGAAGGGCGAGUGAGGGAUGUGCUGAGAGUGAGGGAGGAAGCGGACAGGGGGAGGGAGAGGGCGGAGAGAGAAAGGGACGAGGUGAUUGGGAGGAUGAAGGAGGUACAAGGAGAAGUGUUGAGGCUGAGAAGGGAGGUGAAACGGCUGAUGGGAGAGGAGGUGGGAGAGGAGAACGAGGAGGAGGAGGGAAAGGGAGUAGGUGAGGAGCACACUGCAGGGGAGGAAACAUCAGAGGGAUGCUCUGAAAGGGUUAGAGACGGUCGAAAGCAACCGAUAGGGCUGAGCUCGAUCGAAGUGAGUAGCAGCGAACGGGACGGGCCGAAGCAGAAGGAGCAGGAGCGGCAGCAGGGGCAGCAGGAAGAGAAGGAGCUGGGGCGGGGGACACACAAGGAGAUGAGUGAGGGAGAGGAGGACGAGCAGGUGAAGGAGGUUUUAACCGUGUAUGAAGGGCACAGGGAACAGCGCAAAGCAGCAGAGAAUCGAGAGGCUGAGGCUCACGGAGAGUUGUUGCAGCGGCGUGGGUUGAUGGCGACAGGGGGACAGGAGGAGGAGGAGAGGCUAGGGGAGGAGGCGGAGAGGGUUAUACAGGAACUGGAGAAUGCUCUUAGCGAGUCGGAGAGGAGGAGAGUGAGUGCGGAGCAUGAGAGGGAUGUUGCAGCAAGGGAGAGGGAUGUAGCAGAGAGGGACAGGGACGUAGCAGAGAGGCGGCUGGUUGAGAGAGAGAGGGAGAGGGAAGAAAGAGAGGGGGAGAGGGAGGAAAGAGAGAGGGAUAGGGAGGAGACGCGGUUACAGGCGGAGAAGUGCAGAGAGGAGGCUGAAAGGGAGACGGCAGAAGCAGAGAAGAGAAGGGAAGAAGCGGAGAGGGCAUGGAGUGAGGCUGAGCAGAAGAGAAAGGAGGCUGAGGCAGCGAAAUGCGAGGCGGAGAAAGAGAGGGAGGAAGCGGAGAAGGCAAGGAGUGAGGCUGAGCAGAAGAGGGAGGAAGCGGAGAAGGCAAGGAGUGAGGCUGAGCAGAAGAGGGAGGAAGCGGAGAAGGCAAGGAGUGAGGCUGAGCAGAAGAGAGAGGAGGCUGAGGCAGCGAAACGCGAGGCGGAGAAAGAGAGGGAGGAAGCGGAGAAGGCAACGAGUGAGGCUGAGCAGAAGAGAGAGGAGGCUGAGGCGACGAAAUGCGAGGCGGAGAAAGGGAGGGAGGAAGUGGAGAAGGCAAGGAGUGAGGCUGAGCAGGAGAGAGAGGAGGCUGAGGCAGCGAAAUGUGAGGCAGUGAAAGAGAGGGAGGAAGCGGAGAAGGCAAGGAGUGAGGCAGAGCAGAAGAGAGAGGAGGCUGAGGCAGCGAAAUGCGAGGCGGAGAAAGAGAGGGAGGAAGCGGAGAAGGCAAGGAGUGAGGCUGAGCAGAAGAGAGAGGAGGCUGAGGCAGCGAAAUGCGAGGCGGAGAAAGAGAGGGAGGAAGCGGAGAAGGCAAGGAGUGAGGCUGAGCAGAAGAGAGAGGAGGCUGAGGCAGCGAAAUGUGAGGCGGAGAAAGAGAGGGAGGAAGCGGAGAAGGCAAGGAGUGAGGCUGAGCAGAAGAGAGAGGAGGCUGAGGCAGUGAAAUGCGAGGCGGAGAAAGAGAGGGAGGAAGCGGAGAAGGCAAGGAGUGAGGCUGAGCAGAAGAGAGAGGAGGCUGAGGCAGCGAAAUGCGAGGCGGAGAAAGAGAGGGAGGAAGCGGAGAAGGCAAGCAGUGAGGCUGAGCAGAAGAGAGAGGAAGCGGAGAAGGCAAGGAGUGAGGCUGAGCAGAAGAGAGAGGAGGCUGAGGCAGCGAAAUGCGAGGCGGAGAAAGAGAGGGAGGAAGCGGAGAAGGCAAGGAGUGAAGCUGAGCAGAAGAGAGAGGAGGCUGAGGCAGCGAAAUGCGAGGCGGAGAAAGAGAGGGAGGAAGCGGAGAAGGCAAGGAGUGAGGCUGAGCAGAAGAGAGAGGAGGCUGAGGCAGCGAAAUGCGAGGCGGAGAAAGAGAGGGAGGAAGAAGAGAAGGCAAGGAGUGAGGCUGAGCAGAAGAGAGAGGAGGCUGAGGCAGCGAAAUGUGAGGCGGAGAAAGAGAGGGAGGAAGCGGAGAAGGCAAGGAGUGAGGCUGAGCAGAAGAGAGAGGAGGCUGAGGCAGUGAAAUGCGAGGCGGAGAAAGAGAGGGAGGAAGCGGAGAAGGCAAGGAGUGAGGCUGAGCAGAAGAGAGAGGAGGCUGAGGCAGCGAAAUGCGAGGCGGAGAAAGAGAGGGAGGAAGCGGAGAAGGCAAGGAGUGAGGCUGAGCAGAAGAGAGAGGAGGCUGAGGCAGCGAAAUGCGAGGCGGAGAAAGAGAGGGAGGAAGCGGAGAAGGCAAGGAGUGAGGCUGAGCAGAAGAGAGAGGAGGCUGAGGCAGCGAAAUGCGAGGCGGAGAAAGAGAGGGAGGAAGCGGAGAAGGCAAGGAGUGAGGCUGAGCAGGAGAGAGAGGAGGCUGAGGCAGCGAAAUGCGAGGCGGAGAAAGAGAGGGAGGAAGCGGAGAAGGCAAGGAGUGAGGCUGAGCAGAAGAGAGAGGAGGCUGAGGCGACGAAAUGCGAGGCGGAGAAAGGGAGGGAGGAAGUGGAGAAGGCAAGGAGUGAGGCUGAGAAGGAGAGAGAGGAGGCUGAGGCAGCGAAAUGUGAGGCAGUGAAAGAGAGGGAGGAAGCGGAGAAGGCAAGGAGUGAGGCUGAGCAGAAGAGAGAGGAGGCUGAGGCAGCGAAAUGCGAGGCGGAGAAAGAGAGGGAGGAAGCGGAGAAGGCAAGGAGUGAGGCUGAGCAGAAGAGGGAGGAGGCUGAGGCAGCGAAAUGCGAGGCGGAGAAAGAGAGGGAGGAAGCGGAGAAGGCAAGGAGUGAGGCUGAGCAGAAGAGAGAGGAGGCUGAGGCAGCGAAAUGCGAGGCGGAGAAAGAGAGGGAGGAAGCGGAGAAGGCAAGGAGUGAGGCUGAGCAGAAGAGAGAGGAAGCGGAGAAGGCAAGGAGUGAGGCUGAGCAGAAGAGAGAGGAGGCUGAGGCAGCGAAAUGCGAGGCGGAGAAAGAGAGGGAGGAAGCGGAGAAGGCAAGGAGUGAGGCUGAGCAGAAGAGAGAGGAGGCUGAGGCAGCGAAAUGCGAUGCGGAGAAAGAGAGGGAGGAAGCGGAGAAGGCAAGGAGUGAGGCUCAGCAGAAGAGAGAGGAGGCUGAGGCGACGAAAUGCGACGCGGAGAAAGAAAGGCAGGAAGCGGAGAAGGUAAGGAGUGAGGCUGAGCAGGAGAGAGAGGAGGCUGAGGCAGCGAAAUGUGAGGCAGUGAAAGAGAGGGGGGAAGCGGAGAAGGCAAGGAGUGAGGCUGAGCAGGAGAGAGAGGAGGCUGAGGCAGCGAAAUGUGAGGCAGUGAAAGAGAGGGAGGAAGCGGAGAAGGCAAGGAGUGAGGCUGAGCAGAAGAGAGAGGAGGCUGAGGCAGCGAAAUGCGAGGCGGAGAAAGAGAGGGAGGAAGCGGAGAAGGCAAGGAGUGAGGCUGAGCAGAAGAGAGAGGAAGCGGAGAAGGCAAGGAGUGAGGCUGAGCAGAAGAGAGAGGAGGCUGAGGCAGCGAAAUGCGAGGCGGAGAAAGAGAGGGAGGAAGCGGAGAAGGCAAGGAGUGAGGCUGAGCAGAAGAGAGAGGAAGCGGAGAAGGCAAGGAGUGAGGCUGAGCAGAAGAGAGAGGAGGCUGAGGCAGCGAAAUGCGAGGCGGAGAAAGAGAGGGAGGAAGCGGAGAAGGCAAGGAGUGAGGCUGAGCAGAAGAGAGAGGAGGCUGAGGCAGCGAAAUGCGAGGCGGAGAAAGAGAGGGAGGAAGCGGAGAAGGCAAGGAGUGAGGCUGAGCAGAAGAGAGAGGAAGCGGAGAAGGCAAGGAGUGAGGCUGAGCAGAAGAGAGAGGAGGCUGAGGCAGCGAAAUGCGAGGCGGAGAAAGAGAGGGAGGAAGCGGAGAAGGCAAGGAGUGAGGCUGAGCAGAAGAGAGAGGAAGCGGAGAAGGCAAGGAGUGAGGCUGAGCAGAAGAGAGAGGAGGCUGAGGCAGCGAAAUGCGAGGCGGAGAAAGAGAGGGAGGAAGCGGAGAAGGCAAGGAGUGAGGCUGAGCAGAAGAGAGAGGAGGCUGAGGCAGCGAAAUGCGAGGCGGAGAAAGAGAGGGAGGAAGCGGAGAAGGCAAGGAGUGAGGCUGAGCAGAAGAGAGAGGAGGCUGAGGCAGCGAAAUGCGAGGCGGAGAAAGAGAGGGAGGAAGCGGAGAAGGCAAGCAGUGAGGCUGAGCAGAAGAGAGAGGAGGCUGAGGUGGCGAAAUGCGAGGCGGAGAAAGGGAGGGAGGAAGUCGAGAAGGCAAGGAGUGAGGCUGAACAGGAGAGAGAGGAGGCUGAGGCAGCGAAAUGUGAGGCAGUGAAAGAGAGGGAGGAAGCGGAGAAGGCAAGGAGUGAGGCUGAGCAGAAGAGAGAGGAGGCUGAGGCAGUGAAAUUCGAGGCGGAGAAAGAGAGGGAGGAAGCGGAGAAGGCAAGGAGUGAGGCUGAGCAGAAGAGAGAGGAGGCUGAGGCAGCGAAAUGCGAGGCGGAGAAAGAGAGGGAGGAAGCGGAGAAGGCAAGGAGUGAGGCUGAGCAGAAGAGAGAGGAAGCGGAGAAGGCAAGGAGUGAGGCUGAGCAGAAGAGAGAGGAGGCUGAGGCAGCGAAAUGCGAGGCGGAGAAAGAGAGGGAGGAAGCGGAGAAGGCAAGGAGUGAGGCUGAGCAGAAGAGAGAGGAGGCUGAGGCAGCGAAAUGCGAGGCGGAGAAAGAGAGGGAGGAAGCAGAGAAGGCAAGGAGUGAGGCUGAGCAGAAGAGAGAGGAGGCUGAGGCAGCGAAAUGCGAGGCGGAGAAAGAGAGGGAGGAAGCAGAGAAGGCAAGGAGUGAGGCUGAGCAGAAGAGAGAGGAGGCUGAGGCAGCGAAAUGCGAGGCGGAGAAAGAGAGGGAGGAAGCGGAGAAGGCAAGGAGUGAGGCUGAGCAGAAGAGAGAGGAGGCUGAGGCAGCGAAAUGCGAGGCGGAGAAAGAGAGGGAGGAAGCGGAGAAGGCAAGGAGUGAGGCUGAGCAGAAGAGAGAGGAGGCUGAGGCAGCGAAAUGUGAGGCGGAGAAAGAGAGGGAGGAAGCGGAGAAGGCAAGGAGUGAGGCUGAGCAGAAGAGAGAGGAGGCUGAGGCAGUGAAAUGCGAGGCGGAGAAAGAGAGGGAGGAAGCGGAGAAGGCAAGGAGUGAGGCUGAGCAGAAGAGAGAGGAGGCUGAGGCAGCGAAAUGCGAGGCGGAGAAAGAGAGGGAGGAAGCGGAGAAGGCAAGGAGUGAGGCUGAGCAGAAGAGAGAGGAAGCGGAGAAGGCAAGGAGUGAGGCUGAGCAGAAGAGAGAGGAGGCUGAGGCAGCGAAAUGCGAGGCGGAGAAAGAGAGGGAGGAAGCGGAGAAGGCAAGGAGUGAAGCUGAGCAGAAGAGAGAGGAGGCUGAGGCAGCGAAAUGCGAGGCGGAGAAAGAGAGGGAGGAAGCGGAGAAGGCAAGGAGUGAGGCUGAGCAGAAGAGAGAGGAGGCUGAGGCAGCGAAAUGCGAGGCGGAGAAAGAGAGGGAGGAAGAAGAGAAGGCAAGGAGUGAGGCUGAGCAGAAGAGAGAGGAGGCUGAGGCAGCGAAAUGUGAGGCGGAGAAAGAGAGGGAGGAAGCGGAGAAGGCAAGGAGUGAGGCUGAGCAGAAGAGAGAGGAGGCUGAGGCAGUGAAAUGCGAGGCGGAGAAAGAGAGGGAGGAAGCGGAGAAGGCAAGGAGUGAGGCUGAGCAGAAGAGAGAGGAGGCUGAGGCAGCGAAAUGCGAGGCGGAGAAAGAGAGGGAGGAAGCGGAGAAGGCAAGGAGUGAGGCUGAGCAGAAGAGAGAGGAAGCGGAGAAGGCAAGGAGUGAGGCUGAGCAGAAGAGAGAGGAGGCUGAGGCAGCGAAAUGCGAGGCGGAGAAAGAGAGGGAGGAAGCGGAGAAGGCAAGGAGUGAGGCUGAGCAGAAGAGAGAGGAGGCUGAGGCAGCGAAAUGCGAGGCGGAGAAAGAGAGGGAGGAAGCGGAGAAGGCAAGGAGUGAGGCUGAGCAGGAGAGAGAGGAGGCUGAGGCAGCGAAAUGCGAGGCGGAGAAAGAGAGGGAGGAAGCGGAGAAGGCAAGGAGUGAGGCUGAGCAGAAGAGAGAGGAGGCUGAGGCGACGAAAUGCGAGGCGGAGAAAGGGAGGGAGGAAGUGGAGAAGGCAAGGAGUGAGGCUGAGAAGGAGAGAGAGGAGGCUGAGGCAGCGAAAUGUGAGGCAGUGAAAGAGAGGGAGGAAGCGGAGAAGGCAAGGAGUGAGGCUGAGCAGAAGAGAGAGGAGGCUGAGGCAGCGAAAUGCGAGGCGGAGAAAGAGAGGGAGGAAGCGGAGAAGGCAAGGAGUGAGGCUGAGCAGAAGAGGGAGGAGGCUGAGGCAGCGAAAUGCGAGGCGGAGAAAGAGAGGGAGGAAGCGGAGAAGGCAAGGAGUGAGGCUGAGCAGAAGAGAGAGGAGGCUGAGGCAGCGAAAUGCGAGGCGGAGAAAGAGAGGGAGGAAGCGGAGAAGGCAAGGAGUGAGGCUGAGCAGAAGAGAGAGGAAGCGGAGAAGGCAAGGAGUGAGGCUGAGCAGAAGAGAGAGGAGGCUGAGGCAGCGAAAUGCGAGGCGGAGAAAGAGAGGGAGGAAGCGGAGAAGGCAAGGAGUGAGGCUGAGCAGAAGAGAGAGGAGGCUGAGGCAGCGAAAUGCGAGGCGGAGAAAGAGAGGGAGGAAGCGGAGAAGGCAAGCAGUGAGGCUGAGCAGAAGAGAGAGGAAGCGGAGAAGGCAAGGAGUGAGGCUGAGCAGAAGAGAGAGGAGGCUGAGGCAGCGAAAUGCGAGGCGGAGAAAGAGAGGGAGGAAGCGGAGAAGGCAAGGAGUGAAGCUGAGCAGAAGAGAGAGGAGGCUGAGGCAGCGAAAUGCGAGGCGGAGAAAGAGAGGGAGGAAGCGGAGAAGGCAAGGAGUGAGGCUGAGCAGAAGAGAGAGGAGGCUGAGGCAGCGAAAUGCGAGGCGGAGAAAGAGAGGGAGGAAGAAGAGAAGGCAAGGAGUGAGGCUGAGCAGAAGAGAGAGGAGGCUGAGGCAGCGAAAUGUGAGGCGGAGAAAGAGAGGGAGGAAGCGGAGAAGGCAAGGAGUGAGGCUGAGCAGAAGAGAGAGGAGGCUGAGGCAGUGAAAUGCGAGGCGGAGAAAGAGAGGGAGGAAGCGGAGAAGGCAAGGAGUGAGGCUGAGCAGAAGAGAGAGGAGGCUGAGGCAGCGAAAUGCGAGGCGGAGAAAGAGAGGGAGGAAGCGGAGAAGGCAAGGAGUGAGGCUGAGCAGAAGAGAGAGGAAGCGGAGAAGGCAAGGAGUGAGGCUGAGCAGAAGAGAGAGGAGGCUGAGGCAGCGAAAUGCGAGGCGGAGAAAGAGAGGGAGGAAGCGGAGAAGGCAAGGAGUGAGGCUGAGCAGAAGAGAGAGGAGGCUGAGGCAGCGAAAUGCGAGGCGGAGAAAGAGAGGGAGGAAGCGGAGAAGGCAAGGAGUGAGGCUGAGCAGGAGAGAGAGGAGGCUGAGGCAGCGAAAUGCGAGGCGGAGAAAGAGAGGGAGGAAGCGGAGAAGGCAAGGAGUGAGGCUGAGCAGAAGAGAGAGGAGGCUGAGGCGACGAAAUGCGAGGCGGAGAAAGGGAGGGAGGAAGUGGAGAAGGCAAGGAGUGAGGCUGAGAAGGAGAGAGAGGAGGCUGAGGCAGCGAAAUGUGAGGCAGUGAAAGAGAGGGAGGAAGCGGAGAAGGCAAGGAGUGAGGCUGAGCAGAAGAGAGAGGAGGCUGAGGCAGCGAAAUGCGAGGCGGAGAAAGAGAGGGAGGAAGCGGAGAAGGCAAGGAGUGAGGCUGAGCAGAAGAGGGAGGAGGCUGAGGCAGCGAAAUGCGAGGCGGAGAAAGAGAGGGAGGAAGCGGAGAAGGCAAGGAGUGAGGCUGAGCAGAAGAGAGAGGAGGCUGAGGCAGCGAAAUGCGAGGCGGAGAAAGAGAGGGAGGAAGCGGAGAAGGCAAGGAGUGAGGCUGAGCAGAAGAGAGAGGAAGCGGAGAAGGCAAGGAGUGAGGCUGAGCAGAAGAGAGAGGAGGCUGAGGCAGCGAAAUGCGAGGCGGAGAAAGAGAGGGAGGAAGCGGAGAAGGCAAGGAGUGAGGCUGAGCAGAAGAGAGAGGAGGCUGAGGCAGCGAAAUGCGAUGCGGAGAAAGAGAGGGAGGAAGCGGAGAAGGGAAGGAGUGAGGCUCAGCAGAAGAGAGAGGAGGCUGAGGCGACGAAAUGCGACGCGGAGAAAGAAAGGCAGGAAGCGGAGAAGGUAAGGAGUGAGGCUGAGCAGGAGAGAGAGGAGGCUGAGGCAGCGAAAUGUGAGGCAGUGAAAGAGAGGGAGGAAGCGGAGAAGGCAAGGAGUGAGGCUGAGCAGGAGAGAGAGGAGGCUGAGGCAGCGAAAUGUGAGGCAGUGAAAGAGAGGGAGGAAGCGGAGAAGGCAAGGAGUGAGGCUGAGCAGAAGAGAGAGGAGGCUGAGGCAGCGAAAUGCGAGGCGGAGAAAGAGAGGGAGGAAGCGGAGAAGGCAAGCAGUGAGGCUGAGCAGAAGAGAGAGGAAGCGGAGAAGGCAAGGAGUGAGGCUGAGCAGAAGAGAGAGGAGGCUGAGGCAGCGAAAUGCGAGGCGGAGAAAGAGAGGGAGGAAGCGGAGAAGGCAAGGAGUGAGGCUGAGCAGAAGAGAGAGGAGGCUGAGGCAGCGAAAUGCGAGGCGGAGAAAGAGAGGGAGGAAGCGGAGAAGGCAAGCAGUGAGGCUGAGCAGAAGAGAGAGGAGGCUGAGGUGGCGAAAUGCGAGGCGGAGAAAGGGAGGGAGGAAGUCGAGAAGGCAAGGAGUGAGGCUGAACAGGAGAGAGAGGAGGCUGAGGCAGCGAAAUGUGAGGCAGUGAAAGAGAGGGAGGAAGCGGAGAAGGCAAGGAGUGAGGCUGAGCAGAAGAGAGAGGAGGCUGAGGCAGUGAAAUUCGAGGCGGAGAAAGAGAGGGAGGAAGCGGAGAAGGCAAGGAGUGAGGCUGAGCAGAAGAGAGAGGAGGCUGAGGCAGCGAAAUGCGAGGCGGAGAAAGAGAGGGAGGAAGCGGAGAAGGCAAGGAGUGAGGCUGAGCAGAAGAGAGAGGAAGCGGAGAAGGCAAGGAGUGAGGCUGAGCAGAAGAGAGAGGAGGCUGAGGCAGCGAAAUGCGAGGCGGAGAAAGAGAGGGAGGAAGCGGAGAAGGCAAGGAGUGAGGCUGAGCAGAAGAGAGAGGAGGCUGAGGCAGCGAAAUGCGAGGCGGAGAAAGAGAGGGAGGAAGCAGAGAAGGCAAGGAGUGAGGCUGAGCAGAAGAGAGAGGAGGCUGAGGCAGCGAAAUGUGAGGCAGUGAAAGAGAGGGAGGAAGCGGAGAAGGCAAGGAGUGAGGCUGAGCAGAAGAGAGAGGAGGCUGAGGCAGUGAAAUUCGAGGCGGAGAAAGAGAGGGAGGAAGCGGAGAAGGCAAGGAGUGAGGCUGAGCAGAAGAGAGAGGAGGCUGAGGCAGCGAAAUGCGAGGCGGAGAAAGAGAGGGAGGAAGCGGAGAAGGCAAGGAGUGAGGCUGAGCAGAAGAGAGAGGAAGCGGAGAAGGCAAGGAGUGAGGCUGAGCAGAAGAGAGAGGAGGCUGAGGCAGCGAAAUGCGAGGCGGAGAAAGAGAGGGAGGAAGCGGAGAAGGCAAGGAGUGAGGCUGAGCAGAAGAGAGAGGAGGCUGAGGCAGCGAAAUGCGAGGCGGAGAAAGAGAGGGAGGAAGCGGAGAAGGCAAGGAGUGAGGCUGAGCAGAAGAGAGAGGAAGCGGAGAAGGCAAGGAGUGAGGCUGAGCAGAAGAGAGAGGAGGCUGAGGCGACGAAAUGCGAGGCGGAGAAAGGGAGGGAGGAAGCAGAGAAGGCAAGGAGUGAGGCUGAGCAGAAGAGAGAGGAGGCUGAGGCAGCGAAAUGCGAGGCGGAGAAAGAGAGGGAGGAAGCGGAGAAGGCAAGGAGUGAGGCUGAGCAGAAGAGAGCGGAGGCUGAGGCAGCGAAAUGUGAGGCAGUGAAAGAGAGGGAGGAAGCGGAGAAGGCAAGGAGUGAGGCUGAGCAGAAGAGAGAGGAGGCUGAGGCAGUGAAAUUCGAGGCGGAGAAAGAGAGGGAGGAAGCGGAGAAGGCAAGGAGUGAGGCUGAGCAGAAGAGAGAGGAGGCUGAGGCAGCGAAAUGCGAGGCGGAGAAAGAGAGGGAGGAAGCGGAGAAGGCAAGGAGUGAGGCUGAGCAGAAGAGAGAGGAAGCGGAGAAGGCAAGGAGUGAGGCUGAGCAGAAGAGAGAGGAGGCUGAGGCAGCGAAAUGCGAGGCGGAGAAAGAGAGGGAGGAAGCGGAGAAGGCAAGGAGUGAGGCUGAGCAGAAGAGAGAGGAGGCUGAGGCAGCGAAAUGCGAGGCGGAGAAAGAGAGGGAGGAAGCGGAGAAGGCAAGGAGUGAGGCUGAGCAGAAGAGAGAGGAAGCGGAGAAGGCAAGGAGUGAGGCUGAGCAGAAGAGAGAGGAGGCUGAGGCGACGAAAUGCGAGGCGGAGAAAGGGAGGGAGGAAGCAGAGAAGGCAAGGAGUGAGGCUGAGCAGAAGAGAGAGGAGGCUGAGGCAGCGAAAUGCGAGGCGGAGAAAGAGAGGGAGGAAGCGGAGAAGGCAAGGAGUGAGGCUGAGCAGAAGAGAGCGGAGGCUGAGGCAGCGAAAUGCGAGGCGGAGAAAGAGAGGGAGGAAGCGGAGAAGGCAAGGAGUGAGGUUGAGCAGAAGAGAGAGGAGGCUGAGGCAGCGAAAUGCGAGGCGGAGAAAGGGAGGGAGGAAGUGGAGAAGGCAAGGAGUGAGGCUGAGCAGGAGAGAGAGGAGGCUGAGGCAGCGAAAUGUGAGGCAGUGAAAGAGAGGGAGGAAGCGGAGAAGGCAAGGAGUGAGGCUGAGCAGAAGAGAGAGGAGGCUGAGGCAGCGAAAUGCGAGGCGGAGAAAGAGAGGGAGGAAGCGGAGAAGGCAAGGAGUGAGGCUGAGCAGAAGAGGGAGGAGGCUGAGGCAGCGAAAUGCGAGGCGGAGAAAGAGAGGGAGGAAGCGGAGAAGGCAAGGAGUGAGGCUGAGCAGAAGAGAGAGGAGGCUGAGGCAGCGAAAUGCGAGGCGGAGAAAGAGAGGGAGGAAGCGGAGAAGGCAAGGAGUGAGGCUGAGCAGAAGAGAGAGGAAGCGGAGAAGGCAAGGAGUGAGGCUGAGCAGAAGAGAGAGGAGGCUGAGGCGACGAAAUGCGAGGCGGAGAAAGGGAGGGAGGAAGUGGAGAAGGCAAGGAGUGAGGCUGAGCAGGAGAGAGAGGAGGCUGAGGCAGCGAAAUGUGAGGCAGUGAAAGAGAGGGAGGAAGCGGAGAAGGCAAGGAGUGAGGCUGAGCAGAAGAGAGAGGAGGCUGAGGCAGCGAAAUGCGAGGCGGAGAAAGAGAGGGAGGAAGCGGAGAAGGCAAGGAGUGAGGCUGAGCAGAAGAGGGAGGAGGCUGAGGCAGCGAAAUGCGAGGCGGAGAAAGAGAGGGAGGAAGCGGAGAAGGCAAGGAGUGAGGCUGAGCAGAAGAGAGAGGAGGCUGAGGCAGCGAAAUGCGAGGCGGAGAAAGAGAGGGAGGAAGCGGAGAAGGCAAGGAGUGAGGCUGAGCAGAAGAGAGAGGAAGCGGAGAAGGCAAGGAGUGAGGCUGAGCAGAAGAGAGAGGAGGCUGAGGCAGCGAAAUGCGAGGCGGAGAAAGAGAGGGAGGAAGCGGAGAAGGCAAGGAGUGAGGCUGAGCAGGAGAGAGAGGAGGCUGAGGCAGCGAAAUGUGAGGCAGUGAAAGAGAGGGAGGAAGCGGAGAAGGCAAGGAGUGAGGCUGAGCAGGAGAGAGAGGAGGCUGAGGCAGCGAAAUGUGAGGUAGUGAAAGAGAGGGAGGAAGCGGAGAAGGCAAGGAGUGAGGCUGAGCAGAAGAGAGAGGAGGCUGAGGCAGCGAAAUGCGAGGCGGAGAAAGAGAGGGAGGAAGCGGAGAAGGCAAGGAGUGAGGCUGAGCAGAAGAGAGAGGAGGCUGAGGCAGCGAAAUGCGAGGCGGAGAAAGAGAGAGAGGAAGCGGAGAAGGCAAGGAGUGAGGCUGAGCAGAAGAGAGAGGAAGCGGAGAAGGCAAGGAGUGAGGCUGAGCAGAAGAGAGAGGAGGCUGAGGCAGCGAAAUGCGAGGCGGAGAAAGAGAGGGAGGAAGCGGAGAAGGCAAGGAGUGAGGCUGAGCAGAAGAGAGAGGAGGCUGAGGCAGCGAAAUGCGAGGCGGAGAAAGAGAGAGAGGAAGCGGAGAAGGCAAGGAGUGAGGCUGAGCAGAAGAGAGAGGAGGCUGAGGCAGCGAAAUGCGAGGCGGAGAAAGAGAGGGAGGAAGCGGAGAAGGCAAGGAGUGGGGCUGAGCAGAAGAGAGAGGAAGCGGAGAAGGCAAGGAGUGAGGCUGAGCAGAAGAUAGAGGAGGCUGAGGCAGCGAAAUGUGAGGCGGAGAAAGAGAGGGAGGAAGCGGAGAAGGCAAGGAGUGAGGCUGAGCAGAAGAGAGAGGAGGCUGAGGCAGCGAAAUGCGAGGCGGAGAAAGAGAGGGAGGAAGCGGAGAAGGCAAGGAGUGAGGCUGAGCAGAAGAGGGAGGAAGCGGACAAGGCAAGGAGUGAGGCUGAGCAGAAGAGAGAGGAGGCUGAGGCAGCGAAAUGCGAGGCGGAGAAAGAGAGGGAGGAAGCGGAGAAGGCAAGGAGUGAGGCUGAGCAGAAGAGAGAGGAAGCGGAGAAGGCAAGGAGUGAGGCUGAGCAGAAGAGAGAGGAGGCUGAGGCAGCGAAAUGCGAGGCGGAGAAAGAGAGGGAGGAAGCGGAGAAGGCAAGGAGUGAGGCUGAGCAGAAGAGAGAGGAGGCUGAGGCAGCGAAAUGCGAUGCGGAGAAAGAGAGGGAGGAAGCGGAGAAGGCAAGGCGUGAGGCUCAGCAGAAGAGAGAGGAGGCUGAGGCGACGAAAUGCGAGGCGGAGAAAGAAAGGCAGGAAGCGGAGAAGGUAAGGAGUGAGGCUGAGCAGGAGAGAGAGGAGGCUGAGGCAGCGAAAUGUGAGGCAGUGAAAGAGAGGGAGGAAGCGGAGAAGGCAAGGAGUGAGGCUGAGCAGGAGAGAGAGGAGGCUGAGGCAGCGAAAUGUGAGGUAGUGAAAGAGAGGGAGGAAGCGGAGAAGGCAAGGAGUGAGGCUGAGCAGAAGAGAGAGGAGGCUGAGGCAGCGAAAUGCGAGGCGGAGAAAGAGAGGGAGGAAGCGGAGAAGGCAAGGAGUGAGGCUGAGCAGGAGAGAGAGGAGGCUGAGGCAGCGAAAUUGAAAGAGAGGGAGGAAGCGGAGAAGGCAAGGAGUGAGGCUGAGCAGAAGAGAGAGGAGGCUGAGGCAGCGAAAUGCGAGGCGGAGAAAGAGAGGGAGGAAGCGGAGAAGGCAAGGAGUGAGGCUGAGCAGAAGAGAGAGGAGGCUGAGGCAGCGAAAUGCGAGGCGGAGAAAGAGAGAGAGGAAGCGGAGAAGGCAAGGAGUGAGGCUGAGCAGAAGAGAGAGGAAGCGGAGAAGGCAAGGAGUGAGGCUGAGCAGAAGAGAGAGGAGGCUGAGGCAGCGAAAUGCGAGGCGGAGAAAGAGAGGGAGGAAGCGGAGAAGGCAAGGAGUGAGGCUGAGCAGAAGAGAGAGGAGGCUGAGGCAGCGAAAUGCGAGGCGGAGAAAGAGAGAGAGGAAGCGGAGAAGGCAAGGAGUGAGGCUGAGCAGAAGAGAGAGGAGGCUGAGGCAGCGAAAUGCGAGGCGGAGAAAGAGAGGGAGGAAGCGGAGAAGGCAAGGAGUGGGGCUGAGCAGAAGAGAGAGGAAGCGGAGAAGGCAAGGAGUGAGGCUGAGCAGAAGAUAGAGGAGGCUGAGGCAGCGAAAUGUGAGGCGGAGAAAGAGAGGGAGGAAGCGGAGAAGGCAAGGAGUGAGGCUGAGCAGAAGAGAGAGGAGGCUGAGGCAGCGAAAUGCGAGGCGGAGAAAGAGAGGGAGGAAGCGGAGAAGGCAAGGAGUGAGGCUGAGCAGAAGAGAGAGGAGGCUGAGGCAGCGAAAUGCGAGGCGGAGAAAGAGAGAGAGGAAGCGGAGAAGGCAAGGAGUGAGGCUGAGCAGAAGAGAGAGGAAGCGGAGAAGGCAAGGAGUGAGGCUGAGCAGAAGAGAGAGGAGGCUGAGGCAGCGAAAUGCGAGGCGGAGAAAGAGAGGGAGGAAGCGGAGAAGGCAAGGAGUGAGGCUGAGCAGAAGAGAGAGGAGGCUGAGGCAGCGAAAUGCGAGGCGGAGAAAGAGAGAGAGGAAGCGGAGAAGGCAAGGAGUGAGGCUGAGCAGAAGAGAGAGGAGGCUGAGGCAGCGAAAUGCGAGGCGGAGAAAGAGAGGGAGGAAGCGGAGAAGGCAAGGAGUGAGGCUGAGCAGAAGAGAGAGGAAGCGGAGAAGGCAAGGAGUGAGGCUGAGCAGAAGAUAGAGGAGGCUGAGGCAGCGAAAUGUGAGGCGGAGAAAGAGAGGGAGGAAGCGGAGAAGGCAAGGAGUGAGGCUGAGCAGAAGAGAGAGGAGGCUGAGGCAACGAAAUGCGAGGCGGAGAAAGAGAGGGAGGAAGCGGAGAAGGCAAGGAGUGAGGCUGAGCAGAAGAGGGAGGAGGCUGAGGCAGCGAAAUGCGAGGCGGAGAAAGAGAGGGAGGAAGCAGAGAAGGCAAGGAGUGAGGCUGAGCAGAAGAGAGAGGAGGCUGAGGCAGCGAAAUGCGAGGCGGAGAAAGAGAGGGAGGAAGCGGAGAAGGCAAGGAGUGAGGCUGAGCAGAAGAGAGAGGAAGCGGAGAAGGCAAGGAGUGAGGCUGAGCAGAAGAGAGAGGAGGCUGAGGCAGCGAAAUGCGAGGCGGAGAAAGAGAGGGAGGAAGCGGAGAAGGCAAGGAGUGAGGCUGAGCAGAAGAGAGAGGAGGCUGAGGCAGCGAAAUGCGAUGCGGAGAAAGAGAGGGAGGAAGCGGAGAAGGCAAGGAGUGAGGCUCAGCAGAAGAGAGAGGAGGCUGAGGCGACGAAAUGCGAGGCGGAGAAAGAAAGGCAGGAAGCGGAGAAGGUAAGGAGUGAGGCUGAGCAGGAGAGAGAGGAGGCUGAGGCAGCGAAAUGUGAGGCAGUGAAAGAGAGGGAGGAAGCGGAGAAGGCAAGGAGUGAGGCUGAGCAGGAGAGAGAGGAGGCUGAGGCAGCAAAAUGUGAGGUAGUGAAAGAGAGGGAGGAAGCGGAGAAGGCAAGGAGUGAGGCUGAGCAGAAGAGAGAGGAGGCUGAGGCAGCGAAAUGCGAGGCGGAGAAAGAGAGGGAGGAAGCGGAGAAGGCAAGGAGUGAGGCUGAGCAGGAGAGAGAGGAGGCUGUGGCAGCGAAAUGUGAGGCAGUGAAAGAGAGGGAGGAAGCGGAGAAGGCAAGGAGUGAGGCUGAGCAGAAGAUAGAGGAGGCUGAGGCAGCGAAAUGUGAGGCGGAGAAAGAGAGGGAGGAAGCGGAGAAGGCAAGGAGUGAGGCUGAGCAGAAGAGAGAGGAGGCUGAGGCAACGAAAUGCGAGGCGGAGAAAGAGAGGGAGGAAGCGGAGAAGGCAAGGAGUGAGGCUGAGCAGAAGAGGGAGGAGGCUGAGGCAGCGAAAUGCGAGGCGGAGAAAGAGAGGGAGGAAGCGGUGAAGGCAAGGAGUGAGGCUGAGCAGAAGAGAGAGGAGGCUGAGGCAGCGAAAUGCGAUGCGGAGAAAGAGAGGGAGGAAGCGGAGAAGGCAAGGAGUGAGGCUGAGCAGAAGAGAGAGGAGGCUGAGGCGAAGAAAUUCGAGGCGGAGAAAGAAAGGGAGGAAGCGGAGAAGGCAAGGAGUGAGGCUGAGCAGGAGAGAGAGGAGGCUGAGGCAGCGAAAUGCGAUGCAGAGAAAGAGAGGGAGGAAGCGGAGAAGGCAAGGAGUGAGGCUGAGCAGGAGAGAGAGGAGGCUGAGGCAGCGAAAUGUGAGGCAGUGAAAGAGAGGGAGGAAGCGGAGAAGGCAAGGAGUGAGGCUGAGCAGAAGAGAAAGGAGGCUGAGGCAGCGAAAUGUGAGGCGGAGAAAGAGAGGGAGAAAGCGGAGAAGGCAAGGAGUGAGGUUGAGCAGAAGAGAGAGGAGGCUGAGGCAGCGAAAUGCGAGGCGGAGAAAGAGAGGGAGGAAGCGGAGAAGGCAAGGAGUGAGGCUGAGCAGAAGAGAGAGGAGGCUGAGGCAGCGAAAUGCGAGGCGGAGAAAGAUAGGGAGGAAGCGGAGAAGGCAAGGAGUGAGGCUGAGCAGAAGAGAGAGGAGGCUGAGGCAGCGAAAUGCGAGGCGGAGAAAGAGAGGGAGGAAGUGGAGACGGCAAGGAGUGAGGCUGAGCAGAAGAGAGAGGAAGCGGAGAAGGCAAGGAGUGAGGCUGAGCAGAAGAGAGAGGAGGCUGAGGCAGCGAAAUGCGAGGCGGAGAAAGAGAGGGAGGAAGCGGAGAAGGCAAGGAGUGAGGCUGAGCAGAAGAGGGAGGAAGCGGACAAGGCAAGGAGUGAGGCUGAGCAGAAGAGAGAGGAGGCUGAGGCAGCGAAAUGCGAGGCGGAGAAAGAGAGGGAGGAAGCGGAGAAGGCAAGGAGUGAGGCUGAGCAGAAGAGAGAGGAGGCUGAGGCGACGAAAUGCGAGGCGGAGAAAGGGAGGGAGGAAGUGGAGAAGGCAAGGAGUGAGGCUGAGCAGGAGAGAGAGGAGGCUGAGGCAGUGAAAUGUGAGGCAGUGAAAGAGAGGGAGGAAGCGGAGAAGGCAAGGAGUGAGGCUGAGCAGAAGAGAGAGGAGGCUGAGGCAGCGAAUUGUGAGGCGGAGAAAGAGAGGGAGGAUGCGGAGAAGGCAAGGAGUGAGGCUGAGCAGAAGAGAGAGGAGGCUGAGGCAGCGAAAUGCGAGGCGGAGAAAGAGAGGGAGGAAGCGGAGAAGGCAAGGAGUGAGGCUGAGCAGAAGAGAGAGGAGGCUGAGGCGACGAAAUGCGAGGCGGAGAAAGGGAGGGAGGAAGUGGAGAAGGCAAGGAGUGAGGCUGAGCAGGAGAGAGAGGAGGCUGAGGCAGUGAAAUGUGAGGCAGUGAAAGAGAGGGAGGAAGCGGAGAAGGCAAGGAGUGAGGCUGAGCAGAAGAGAGAGGAGGCUGAGGCAGCGAAUUGUGAGGCGGAGAAAGAGAGGGAGGAUGCGGAGAAGGCAAGGAGUGAGGCUGAGCAGAAGAGAGAGGAGGCUGAGGCAGCGAAAUGCGAGGCGGAGAAAGAGAGGGAGGAAGCGGAGAAGGCAAGGAGUGAGGCUGAGCAGAAGAGAGAGGAGGCUGAGGCAGCGAAAUGCGAGGCGGAGAAAGAGAGAGAGGAAGCGGAGAAGGCAAGGAGUGAGGCUGAGCAGAAGAGAGAGGAGGCUGAGGCAGCGAAAUGCGAGGCGGAGAAAGAGAGGGAGGAAGCGGAGAAGGCAAGGAGUGAGGCUGAGCAGAAGAGAGAGGAAGCGGAGAAGGCAAGGAGUGAGGCUGAGCAGAAGAUAGAGGAGGCUGAGGCAGCGAAAUGUGAGGCGGAGAAAGAGAGGGAGGAAGCGGAGAAGGCAAGGUGUGAGGCUGAGCAGAAGAGAGAGGAGGCUAAGGCAACGAAAUGCGAGGCGGAGAAAGAGAGGGAGGAAGCGGAGAAGGCAAGGAGUGAGGCUGAGCAGAAGAGGGAGGAGGCUGAGGCAGCGAAAUGCGAGGCGGAGAAAGAGAGGGAGGAAGCGGAGAAGGCAAGGAGUGAGGCUGAGCAGAAGAGAGAGGAGGCUGAGGCAGCGAAAUGCGAGGCGGAGAAAGAGAGGGAGGAAGCGGAGAAGGCAAGGAGUGAGGCUGAGCAGAAGAGAGAGGAAGCGGAGAAGGCAAGGAGUGAGGCUGAGCAGAAGAGAGAGGAGGCUGAGGCAGCGAAAUGCGAUGCGGAGAAAGAGAGGGAGGAAGCGGAGAAGGCAAGGAGUGAGGCUCAGCAGAAGAGAGAGGAGGCUGAGGCUACGAAAUGCGAGGCGGAGAAAGAAAGGCAGGAAGCGGAGAAGGUAAGGAGUGAGGCUGAGCAGGAGAGAGAGGAGGCUGAGGCAGCGAAAUGUGAGGCAGUGAAAGAGAGGGAGGAAGCGGAGAAGGCAAGGAGUGAGGCUGAGCAGGAGAGAGAUGAGGCUGAGGCAGCGAAAUGUGAGGUAGUGAAAGAGAGGGAGGAAGCGGAGAAGGCAAGGAGUGAGGCUGAGCAGAAGAGAGAGGAGGCUGAGGCAGCGAAAUGCGAGGCGGAGAAAGAGAGAGAGGAAGCGGAGAAGGCAAGGAGUGAGGCUGAGCAGAAGAGAGAGGAGGCUGAGGCAGCGAAAUGCGAGGCGGAGAAAGAGAGGGAGGAAGCGGAGAAGGCAAGGAGUGAGGCUGAGCAGAAGAGAGAGGAAGCGGAGAAGGCAAGGAGUGAGGCUGAGCAGAAGAUAGAGGAGGCUGAGGCAGCGAAAUGUGAGGCGGAGAAAGAGAGGGAGGAAGCGGAGAAGGCAAGGUGUGAGGCUGAGCAGAAGAGAGAGGAGGCUAAGGCAACGAAAUGCGAGGCGGAGAAAGAGAGGGAGGAAGCGGAGAAGGCAAGGAGUGAGGCUGAGCAGAAGAGGGAGGAGGCUGAGGCAGCGAAAUGCGAGGCGGAGAAAGAGAGGGAGGAAGCGGAGAAGGCAAGGAGUGAGGCUGAGCAGAAGAGAGAGGAGGCUGAGGCAGCGAAAUGCGAGGCGGAGAAAGAGAGGGAGGAAGCGGAGAAGGCAAGGAGUGAGGCUGAGCAGAAGAGAGAGGAAGCGGAGAAGUCAAGGAGUGAGGCUGAGCAGAAGAGAGAGGAGGCUGAGGCAGCGAAAUGCGAGGCGGAGAAAGAGAGGGAGGAAGCGGAGAAGGCAAGGAGUGAGGCUGAGCAGAAGAGAGAGGAGGCUGAGGCAGCGAAAUGCGAUGCGGAGAAAGAGAGGGAGGAAGCGGAGAAGGCAAGGAGUGAGGCUCAGCAGAAGAGAGAGGAGGCUGAGGCGACGAAAUGCGAGGCGGAGAAAGAAAGGCAGGAAGCGGAGAAGGUAAGGAGUGAGGCUGAGCAGGAGAGAGAGGAGGCUGAGGCAGCGAAAUGUGAGGCAGUGAAAGAGAGGGAGGAAGCGGAGAAGGCAAGGAGUGAGGCUGAGCAGGAGAGAGAGGAGGCUGAGGCAGCGAAAUGUGAGGUAGUGAAAGAGAGGGAGGAAGCGGAGAAGGCAAGGAGUGAGGCUGAGCAGAAGAGAGAGGAGGCUGAGGCAGCGAAAUGCGAGGCGGAGAAAGAGAGAGAGGAAGCGGAGAAGGCAAGGAGUGAGGCUGAGCAGAAGAGAGAGGAAGCGGAGAAGGCAAGGAGUGAGGCUGAGCAGAAGAGAGAGGAGGCUGAGGCAGCGAAAUGCGAGGCGGAGAAAGAGAGGGAGGAAGCGGAGAAGGCAAGGAGUGAGGCUGAGCAGAAGAGAGAGGAGGCUGAGGCAGCGAAAUGCGAGGCGGAGAAAGAGAGAGAGGAAGCGGAGAAGGCAAGGAGUGAGGCUGAGCAGAAGAGAGAGGAGGCUGAGGCAGCGAAAUGCGAGGCGGAGAAAGAGAGGGAGGAAGCGGAGAAGGCAAGGAGUGGGGCUGAGCAGAAGAGAGAGGAAGCGGACAAGGCAAGGAGUGAGGCUGAGCAGAAGAGAGAGGAGGCUGAGGCAGCGAAAUGCGAGGCGGAGAAAGAGAGGGAGGAAGCGGAGAAGGCAAGGAGUGAGGCUGAGCAGAAGAGAGAGGAAGCGGACAAGGCAAGGAGUGAGGCUGAGCAGAAGAGAGAGGAGGCUGAGGCAGCGAAAUGCGAUGCGGAGAAAGAGAGGGAGGAAGCGGAGAAGGCAAGGAGUGAGGCUGAGCAGAAGAGAGAGGAGGCUGAGGCAGCGAAAUGCGAUGCGGAGAAAGAGAGGGAGGAAGCGGAGAAGGCAAGGAGUGAGGCUCAGCAGAAGAGAGAGGAGGCUGAGGCGACGAAAUGCGAGGCGGAGAAAGAAAGGCAGGAAGCGGAGAAGGUAAGGAGUGAGGCUGAGCAGGAGAGAGAGGAGGCUGAGGCAGCGAAAUGUGAGGCAGUGAAAGAGAGGGAGGAAGCGGAGAAGGCAAGGAGUGAGGCUGAGCAGGAGAGAGAGGAGGCUGAGGCAGCGAAAUGUGAGGUAGUGAAAGAGAGGGAGGAAGCGGAGAAGGCAAGGAGUGAGGCUGAGCAGAAGAGAGAGGAGGCUGAGGCAGCGAAAUGCGAGGCGGAGAAAGAGAGGGAGGAAGCGGAGAAGGCAAGGAGUGAGGCUGAGCAGGAGAGAGAGGAGGCUGAGGCAGCGAAAUGUGAGGCAGUGAAAGAGAGGGAGGAAGCGGAGAAGGCAAGGAGUGAGGCUGAGCAGGAGAGAGAGGAGGCUGAGGCAGCGAAAUGUGAGGUAGUGAAAGAGAGGGAGGAAGCGGAGAAGGCAAGGAGUGAGGCUGAGCAGAAGAGAGAGGAGGCUGAGGCAGCGAAAUGCGAGGCGGAGAAAGAGAGGGAGGAAGCGGAGAAGGCAAGGAGUGAGGCUGAGCAGAAGAGAGAGGAGGCUGAGGCAGCGAAAUGCGAGGCGGAGAAAGAGAGAGAGGAAGCGGAGAAGGCAAGGAUUGAGGCUGAGCAGAAGAGAGAGGAAGCGGAGAAGGCAAGGAGUGAGGCUGAGCAGAAGAGAGAGGAGGCUGAGGCAGCGAAAUGCGAGGCGGAGAAAGAGAGGGAGGAAGCGGAGAAGGCAAGGAGUGAGGCUGAGCAGAAGAGAGAGGAGGCUGAGGCAGCGAAAUGCGAGGCGGAGAAAGAGAGAGAGGAAGCGGAGAAGGCAAGGAGUGAGGCUGAGCAGAAGAGAGAGGAGGCUGAGGCAGCGAAAUGCGAGGCGGAGAAAGAGAGGGAGGAAGCGGAGAAGGCAAGGAGUGGGGCUGAGCAGAAGAGAGAGGAAGCGGAGAAGGCAAGGAGUGAGGCUGAGCAGAAGAUAGAGGAGGCUGAGGCAGCGAAAUGUGAGGCGGAGAAAGAGAGGGAGGAAGCGGAGAAGGCAAGGAGUGAGGCUGAGCAGAAGAGAGAGGAGGCUGAGGCAGCGAAAUGCGAGGCGGAGAAAGAGAGGGAGGAAGCGGAGAAGGCAAGGAGUGAGGCUGAGCAGAAGAGGGAGGAAGCGGACAAGGCAAGGAGUGAGGCUGAGCAGAAGAGAGAGGAGGCUGAGGCAGCGAAAUGCGAGGCGGAGAAAGAGAGGGAGGAAGCGGAGAAGGCAAGGAGUGAGGCUGAGCAGAAGAGAGAGGAGGCUGAGGCGACGAAAUGCGAGGCGGAGAAAGGGAGGGAGGAAGUGGAGAAGGCAAGGAGUGAGGCUGAGCAGGAGAGAGAGGAGGCUGAGGCAGCGAAAUGUGAGGCAGUGAAAGAGAGGGAGGAAGCGGAGAAGGCAAGGAGUGAGGCUGAGCAGAAGAGAGAGAAGGCUGAGGCAGCGAAAUGCGAAGCGGAGAAAGAGAGGGAGGAAGCGGAGAAGGCAAGGAGUGAGGCUGAGCAGAAGAGAGAGAAGGCUGAGGCAACGAAAUGCGAGGCGGAGAAAGAGAGGGAGGAAGCGGAGAAGGCAAUGAGUGAGGCUGAGCAGAAGAGAGAGGAGGCUGAGGCGACGAAAUGCGAGGUUGAGAAAGGGAGGGAGGAAGUAGAGAAGGCAAGGAGUGAGGCUGAGCAGGAGAGAGAGGAGGCUGAGGCAGCGAAAUGUGAGGCAGUGAAAGAGAGGGAGGAAGCGGAGAAGGCAAGGAGUGAGGCUGAGCAGAAGAGAGAGGAGGCUGAGGCAGCGAAAUGCGAGGCGGAGAAAGAGAGGGAGGAAGCGGAGAAGGCAAGGAGUGAGGCUGAGCAGAAGAGAGAGGAGGCUGAGGCAGCGAAAUGCGAGGCGGAGAAAGAGAGGGAGGAAGCGGAGAAGGCAAGGAGUGAGGCUGAGCAGAAGAGAGAGGAAGCGGAGAAGGCAAGGAGUGAGGCUGAGCAGAAGAGAGAGGAGGCUGAGGCAGCGAAAUGUGAGGCGGAGAAAGAGAGGGAGGAAGCGGAGAAGGCAAGGAGUGAGGUUGAGCAGAAGAGAGAGGAUGCUGAGGCAGCGAAAUGCGAGGCGGAGAAAGAGAGGGAGGAAGCGGAGAAGGCAAGGAGUGAGGCUGAGCAGAAGAGAGAGGAGGCUGAGGCAGCGAAAUGCGAGGCAGAGAAAGAGAGGGAGGAAGCGGAGAAGGCAAGGAGUGAGGCUGAGCAGAAGAGAGAGGAAGCGGAGAAGGCAAGGAGUGAGGCUGAGCAGAAGAGAGAGGAAGCGGAGAAGGCAAGGAGUGAGGCUGAGAAGAAUAGAGAGGAGGCUGAGGCAGCGAAAUGCGAGGCGGAGAAAGAGAGGGAGGAAGCGGUGAAGGCAAGGAGUGAGGCUGAGCAGAAGAGAGAGGAGGCUGAGGCAGCGAAAUGCGAUGCGGAGAAAGAGAGGGAGGAAGCGGAGAAGGCAAGGAGUGAGGCUGAGCAGAAGAGAGAGGAGGCUGAGGCGAAGAAAUUCGAGGCGGAGAAAGAAAGGGAGGAAGCGGAGAAGGCAAGGAGUGAGGCUGAGCAGGAGAGAGAGGAGGCUGAGGCAGCGAAAUGCGAUGCAGAGAAAGAGAGGGAGGAAGCGGAGAAGGCAAGGAGUGAGGCUGAGCAGGAGAGAGAGGAGGCUGAGGCAGCGAAAUGUGAGGCAGUGAAAGAGAGGGAGGAAGCGGAGAAGGCAAGGAGUGAGGCUGAGCAGAAGAGAAAGGAGGCUGAGGCAGCGAAAUGUGAGGCGGAGAAAGAGAGGGAGAAAGCGGAGAAGGCAAGGAGUGAGGUUGAGCAGAAGAGAGAGGAGGCUGAGGCAGCGAAAUGCGAGGCGGAGAAAGAGAGGGAGGAAGCGGAGAAGGCAAGGAGUGAGGCUGAGCAGAAGAGAGAGGAGGCUGAGGCAGCGAAAUGCGAGGCGGAGAAAGAUAGGGAGGAAGCGGAGAAGGCAAGGAGUGAGGCUGAGCAGAAGAGAGAGGAGGCUGAGGCAGCGAAAUGCGAGGCGGAGAAAGAGAGGGAGGAAGUGGAGACGGCAAGGAGUGAGGCUGAGCAGAAGAGAGAGGAAGCGGAGAAGGCAAGGAGUGAGGCUGAGCAGAAGAGAGAGGAGGCUGAGGCAGCGAAAUGCGAGGCGGAGAAAGAGAGGGAGGAAGCGGAGAAGGCAAGGAGUGAGGCUGAGCAGAAGAGGGAGGAAGCGGACAAGGCAAGGAGUGAGGCUGAGCAGAAGAGAGAGGAGGCUGAGGCAGCGAAAUGCGAGGCGGAGAAAGAGAGGGAGGAAGCGGAGAAGGCAAGGAGUGAGGCUGAGCAGAAGAGAGAGGAGGCUGAGGCGACGAAAUGCGAGGCGGAGAAAGGGAGGGAGGAAGUGGAGAAGGCAAGGAGUGAGGCUGAGCAGGAGAGAGAGGAGGCUGAGGCAGUGAAAUGUGAGGCAGUGAAAGAGAGGGAGGAAGCGGAGAAGGCAAGGAGUGAGGCUGAGCAGAAGAGAGAGGAGGCUGAGGCAGCGAAUUGUGAGGCGGAGAAAGAGAGGGAGGAUGCGGAGAAGGCAAGGAGUGAGGCUGAGCAGAAGAGAGAGGAGGCUGAGGCAGCGAAAUGCGAGGCGGAGAAAGAGAGGGAGGAAGCGGAGAAGGCAACGAGUGAGGCUGAGCAGAAGAGAGAGGAGGCUGAGGCAGCGAAAUGUGAGGCGGAGAAAGAGAGGGAGGAAGCGGAGAAGGCAAGGAAUGUUGUUGACAAAGCUAAGAGGGAUGCUGAUGAGGCUAGACUGGGUGCUGAUGUGGCAAGACGUGAUGCUGAUUUGGCAAGACGUGAUGCUGAUGUGGCACGACGAGAGGCUGAUGCGGCCAGAAGUGUUGCUGACGAAUGCAAGCUCGCUGCUGAGCUGGCAAAACAAGCUGCUGACUUGGCAAGGCAAGAUGCUGAAGUGGCGAGGCGUGCAGCUGAGGAGGCAGAGGAGGAAAGAAGGAUGGUUGAGAGAAGAAGGGAGGAUGCCGGGAAGAAUGGGGAUGGAGAGGGAUGGAUGAAGGAAUUGGAACGGCUGAGGCUUGAAUUGGAGAUGGCUAGGAGGGAGGGGGAGAUUGCAAGGAGCGAGCUUGAAAGAGUGAGAAGGGAUGGGGAGAGUGUGAGGGAGGAGCUUCAGAAGGUGGGAAGGGAUGGAGAGGGUUUGAAGGAGGAGCUAGAGAGAGUGAGAGGGGAGUUGGGGAGAGUGAGAAGGGAGCUGGAACGGGUGACGGAGGCUAAGAGGGAGAGUGUGCGGAACCUGAGCGAGUCAUUGGUGGCUUCAGAGGAGCAGAGGAAGAAGCUGGUGGAGCUGCUUCGAAUGGCCGAGAGCUUCGAAGGGUUUUCCACAUCACUCUGCCCAGCAGCAACAGCAAGAGCGCGAGGGCUUAUUCAGGAGUGGGCGGACGUGUUCCCCCCUGGCCCCACCUGCCUGCACACCGAGUACUUCCUCACAUUCGACGAGCUCAAGAGGAGUGGCGUCCCCUUUCCCCCCCAUCGCCACACCACAAGCCCCCACCACUCCCCCUCCAUCCCCAUGCCGGCUCCCGAGCGUGCAGCAGCCAGUCACGGCGUGCCACCUGGCGGCCUCCCCCCGCACUUGCAUCCCCAUGCCAACCAUUCUACACCUCCUCAGCUAUACAACUCGCCCACCUACGGCAGCCCUGUUGGGGGGUACAGUCCUGGUAACUCUCCUGCUGCUUAUAACGGAGCUGCUCAUAAUGGAGCUGGUUAUGAUGGUGCGCGGUCUCCUCUUGCUGGCCCCAGGUCGUUGCCGCCCCAGCCACAGCCCCCUCCCUUGCACUACCAGCAGCAGCAGCACCCACAGCAGCCACAGGCACAGCAGCAGCAGAGCGGGAGUGGGUCACAGGACGGGGCGAGUGACAAGCCUAUGAGUCUAGCAGACAUCACCACGGGGUUGAACUCGGUGGAGGUGCUAUCUGACCUGCUCUCAGCCGCCCCCAAGGACAGCCCUGGCUCUGUGCUGGGAGACGAGUUGGUGCAGCAGCUGGUGGGGGAGUGCCGGGGCUUGGAGGGGCGACUAGCAGCUACCAUCAACUCCACGAGUGAUGAGCACCUGCUGCGCUCCGCCCUGGCUCUCAACGACGAG